UGCAGUAGGUUAAUGAUGAUUGGGCUUCAUGUUCAUUGUCUGCGCAGAAUUGUGACUGUUUGGUGCCGGUUAGAGAUCUCACCGUCACGGGUGAGAGACUGCGACAGCAGGAAGUAUACACAUAUUGCGCAGUAGUGUGAACAGCAGGUUUUCCAAUUUUAAAAAACUAUAAGGCAUCUUAACUUAAAAUGGUCUCCCUUUCUUGUACUUUUGCCAAUCACCAUGACGAUGUUAACUGGUGUGCCUUUUCUAAUGACUUCUUUGCAUCCUGCUCAUUGGACAAAACAAUUCGUAUUUAUUCAGUCAAAGGCUUCUCUGAGUUGCCAUUCUCACCAUUACGUGGCCAUGCCUAUGCAGUACACAGUUGUUGUUUUGACUCCUCUGGCAAGUUCUUGGCUUCCUGCUCAACUGAUGGAACGACCCUACUCUGGAGUCUGGAAACAGGAGAGAAAGUGGCAGUCCUAGCUCUUCCCGGUCGGAACCCUGUUAGGAUAUGUACUUUUUCUCCUGACUCUUCAUAUCUGGUAUCUGGAUCAGCUGAUGGAACUGUGGCAUUGUGGGAUAUGCACUCAAGAAAGCUUUGCAGAAAAGCAUCCAUUAAAGAAGGCUCAGUUUCAGCAUGUUCCUUCGCAUCAUGUGGUCAGAUGUUUGUAACUGGAUCUACCUAUGGAGAUCUUGUUGCCUGGGACUACCAAAUGAAGAUUCUUUACACUGUGAAAACAGCCCAUGACCUUGGAGUGACAUGUUGUCAUUUCUCUGCCCAGAUGUGUAGCAAUUCUGGUAUGGAGAACAAUUUUUCAGAUUUACGUCUGGCUUCAUGUGGUCAAGACAGUACUGUCAAAAUCUGGAUUGUCUCACAGGAUAAGCAGUCAGGUUGCAAAUUUCAGCUUCUUCACAUCCUGAAUAACCAAAGUGCCCCAGUGUUGUCCUGUGCCUUUUCAUCUGAUGGAGAAUGGCUUGUGUCUGGCUCUGUUGAUAAAACAGUGGUAAUUUAUGAUGUGGUCAACGGAAUUACACUUCAUACAUUAAUCCAUCAUGACAGGCAUGUCACAACAUGUGCUUUUUCUCCGAACCUGCCUUUACUUGCUACUGGAUCAAUGGAUAAGACAGUAAAGAUUUGGAAAAUUAAUAAUGGAAAAAGUUCUGAUGCUGAUCUUCUGGUUUCUUCAUAUUUAGACAGAAAGCUCUUAGGUAGAUCUAAGUCCUGCUUUAAACAGUGGACAGAAGAUGAAGUGUGUGCCUGGCUUUGUGAAGAAGGCUUGGAUGAAGUGAUUGGCACCUUUAAAGCAAACAAUAUAGAUGGUGAAGCACUCCUGAAUUUAAACAGAGAACAUCUUGCAAUGGAUCUUAAAAUAGAAUCCCUGGGACUCCGGAACAAAGUUAAUCAGAAGAUAGAUGCGCUGAGAAUGACACUAGAUUCGUAUUUAACAGAAAUUCCUGAAGAAUUUUUGUGCCCAAUAACACAAGAAAUUAUGAAAGAUCCAGUUAUUGCUUCAGAUGGCUAUUCUUAUGAGAGGACGGCUAUUGAAAGCUGGAUCAACACUAAGAAACACUCGAGCCCCAUGACAAAUUUACAGCUGAAGUCAACUUGUAUGACUCCUAAUAGGACACUUAAAAUGGCUAUCAAUCGCUGGCUUCAGAGCCAGUCACUGUGCACUCCAUCAGACGCCUCUAAGCUUAGCUGAGGGUUGAGUGUGCACCGAGCCCGACUUGGCUCUGCGUGAAUAUGGGGGUCUUAAAGCACUUUAGGGAUUCUUACUCUAGCGAAAAAUCACACAGAAGGUUGUUAUUGCCACUAUAUAAGAAUGCCAGCCUUUCGUUUUGUUAUCACUUUGUACUGUUGUCGUAAAAUUAGUUCUGAAAAGGUAAGGACCACAAUGACAGGGGCGCAAUCAGGAGUGAUGAUUAUGCAGUAGGCUUGCGGUAAUCAUAAUUUACACAAUUGCUUUAUGAAUGGAAUACUCGACACUGUUCAUGCAAUAGGGACACUUAUAGUGACAAUGACAAAGGCACCAGUGAAGGAAAUCAAAUGACUAAACAUAAUAUUAGCAUCCCAAUAUAAAGAUUUUCUCAUUUCAUGGAACAAAGUAAGAAAAGGCUAAAUGUAAAGCUACAGGACAUGAAAGGUCUAAAUCUCUCAAAAUUCUGCGAGUCUUAAAUAUCUGCGUCGAUUCACAAUUCUCAGUUUAAAUGUGCUGAUGUGAAUAACCAAGAAAAUAUAGAGAAAAUUCUUCAGUCAGUCUUUAUAUAUUGUAUAUUUUUCCUUGGAUUAACACAUGUGGCCUGUUGUAUGUUGUCUUUGUCCAGCAACCGUUAAUCGUUUGAUUUUUAAACACACAGUAAAAGCCUCACGGUGACCUAAUGUAGUACUUGAGAAUAACAUCGUCUGCCAUUUGAGUUUCUGUUUGUAGCUCUUCUUGUAUUGUAGUAUUGGACUCCAAUAAAUGAGUGAAUUCAAAA